UUGGCUCUGGGAUUUGGAUUUGGUCUUGUGAUUCCUUGUUCAAGUUAACGAAGACGGAGGCCUACAGGGAGCGACUUCGUAAUGAAAUGGUGGAAAGAAGAGUGUGUUUAUCGAAGGAAGCUAGGGAUGGGUUAGAAUUUUUGAAGCGUAAAAGGCUUGAUCGAGCAAAAUCCAUCGCUGCUGCAGAGACAAGUAUUGCAAACAUGAUGAACAGAAGUGGAGGAGAUGCUUUAAGAGCUUCGGCAUCAUGUGGCAUGAGAUUGCAUGGUAACGCAGAUGCCUUUUCCAAGCGGAAGGUAGAUAAGUUUGACACAAGUGAUCUGAAAUGGACUGAUAAAAUUCCUGAGUGUCCUGUUUAUUCUCCAACAAAGGAGGAAUUCGAGGAUCCUUUGGUUUAUUUGCAAAAGAUAGCCCCAGAAGCUUCUAAAUAUGGUAUAUGCAAGAUUGUUUCGCCUUUGAGUGCUUCUGUACCUGCUGGGGUUGUUCUAAUGAAGGAGAAAGCAGGAUUCAAGUUUACAACGAGGGUGCAGCCCCUUCGCCUUGCUGAAUGGGAUACUGAAGACAAAGUCACGUUUUUUAUGAGUGGAAGAACCUAUACUUUUCGUGAUUAUGAGAAAAUGGCAAACAAGAUUUUUGCCAGAAGAUAUUGCAGCACUGGAAGUCUUCCUGCCACAUACUUGGAAAAAGAGUUUUGGCAUGAAAUUGGCUGUGGGAAGAUGGAAACUGUUGAAUAUGCAUGUGAUGUUGAUGGCAGUGCCUUUUCAUCUUCUCCCGCUGAUCAGCUUGGGAAUAGCAAAUGGAAUUUAAAGAAACUUUCGCGGUUGUCCAAAUCAAUUUUACGGCUCUUGGAAACAUCAAUUCCGGGAGUAACGGAACCCAUGCUAUACAUUGGAAUGCUGUUUAGUAUGUUUGCAUGGCACGUGGAGGAUCAUUACUUGUACAGCAUUAACUAUCAUCACUGUGGGGCAUCCAAAACAUGGUACGGUAUUCCAGGUCAUGCAGCUUUGGAUUUUGAAAGAGUUGUAAGAGAACACGUGUAUACAAAUGAUAUUUUGUCAAGUGAUGGGGAAGAUGGAGCCUUUGAUGUUCUACUGGGGAAAACAACACUAUUUCCUCCAAAUAUUUUGUUGGAGCAUGAAGUCCCUGUCUACAAGGCUGUUCAAAAGCCCGGGGAGUUUAUAAUAACCUUCCCUAGAGCAUAUCAUGCUGGCUUCAGUCAUGGUUUCAACUGUGGAGAAGCAGUGAAUUUUGCAAUUGGUGAUUGGUUUCCUUUAGGGGCUAUUGCUAGCCGGAGAUAUGCACUUCUUAACAGGGUUCCUUUGCUGCCCCAUGAAGAACUUCUAUGCAAAGAAGCAAUGUUUCUUCAUACAUGCUUGGAACUUGAAGAUUCAGACUUUCCCUCUUCAGACUUGUUUUCUCAUAAUAGCAUUAAGAUUUCUUUUGUUAAUUUGAUGCGUUUCCAGCAUUGUGCUCGAUGGAUCCUUAUGAAAUCUGCAGCAUGUAUAAGUAUCUCUUCUCAUUCCCAUGGCACGAUUCUCUGUAGCCUCUGCAAACGUGACUGUUAUAUAGCAUAUGUUGACUGCAAUUGUCACAGUCAUCCUGUAUGCCUACGCCAUGAUAUUGAGUCUCUUGACCUCAUAUGUGGGAGCAAACACACUCUUUAUUUAAGGGAGGAUAUUACGGAUAUGGAAGCUGCAGCAAAGAUGUUUGAACAGGAAGAUGGGAUAUUGGAUGAGAUACGCAAGCAAACAAAAAGUGACCAAAACAUGUAUUCUUAUCCUUUGCCAAAUAUGUUUCAGAGAGCUGAAGCAAAUGGAUACUCACCUUACUGUGAGCUAAAACUUGAUUCUGUUAUUGAAUUUUAUACAACUCCAGUGCUAUCAGCAAAUAAUCAAGAGUGUGGUACACAAAGUCAAUUCGUUUUCAGGCAUUGCUCUGAAAAUUAUAAACCAGAAGUGUCUGAGGUUUCCUUUUCUGCUGCAUCCACUCUUUGUUCUCUUUCAGAACCUCUUGAGAGCUCCACUUCUUCCAAAAAUCAGGCCGAGGGGAAUACCAACUUCAAUUUAGGCAUUAUUGAUUUUGAAGAGUUUGGUGAAAGAACAUCGCAUAGUGUUUGUGAAUCUUCACUAUCCCCUGCUCUGUAUCACGAAAGCUCGGCUAAACCGCAGGGUGAUCUUCAUAAAUUUGACACGAAGCCCAUUGUGGAUAGCGAGAGUGAUGAUUCUGAAUCAGAGAUGUUUAGGGUAAAGCGCCCUUCUUCUCUGAAAGCAGAGAGGAGAAAUUUGAAUGCUAUGUCUUCCAAGCAUUCGGAGCAGCAGGGACUUCAACGAUUGAAGAAAGUCCAUCCUGAAGAAAAAAGUGGGCAGCCAAUGGAUUUCAGCAGAACCAACGGAUCAAGUUACAAAUACAGUCAUCAUGUUAAUCGUAAAAUUGGUGGCGAAAUUUCCUCGAGGGACAGAUUUGCAAGGGGUAAUGGCAUUCCCAUUUCUGUAAGAUACAAGAAGUUAGGCAACGAGGAAAUGAGCAGGCAACGAGAUCACCACAGGAGAGAUAGGAUGCAUCAAACUUUUAGGGAACAACCUUCCUUUGAGAUUGGGCGGAAGCGCCUUAAAGUCCGAGGCCCAUCGUUUUUGGGCUUGGAGAGCAGCAGCAGAUUGAAUUGAAGUUUCAAGUUGCCUCACUCAAAAUGAUUGCGGAACGCCAUCUAGAAUCUGACUUCGCUAACUUCAUUUAGCUAAUGGGCUUUCUAACUAGACAGAGAAAAUCCAAAUGAUUGAUUCAGGAAGCAGCGGCGAGAUAUUAACCGAAUAGGAUAAGAAUUUACAUUCUUUGUGCAGGCCCAACAUUUGGGUAAUCUGCACGGGUGGUGAUCGUUUGGGUUCUCGGGCCGAGGGGUUUUUCCAACUUUGGCGGGUGAACCUGACCUGCAAAGCUAGGACUUAGAAAUUGGUUUUAGUGACUCUUAUUUUUAUGUAAAUUUGUUUUCUUCUGAUAAGUCGUUUAGGUCUUGUGAGGAACGUGGGUCUCUCCAUUGUUUUCUCAUUAAUUGCUAUCAGCUGCUUCCCCUUUUGAUGUUAAUUCAUUCUUUUU